GCAAGCUGGGAGCAUUCGAACAACAGAGGACAGCAAAGGCACCAACAGCUUCCCCAGCAAGAUGGCUCACCGGAAGAAAAAUACUCCUUCAAAAGUUCAAAGCUGCUCCAGAAAUGAUCCCGUGGAGGCUCCUGUUGUUAAAGGGCCCAAUAUGGAUUCCCUGGGAUUCCUGGCUAUGGACAGCAAUGUCCCAGGCCUGUCCCAGGUCAUCCUUCAAAAGCUCAACAUGAAGAGCUACGACGAAUACAGGUCUGCGAUGGAAGGCAAGAAAUUGCAUGCGGACUUUGGCAUCCAUUCAUAUUUCGAGAUGUUUCAGAAAAUGGAGGAUACAUUCAGAUUCUGCGUUGAGUGCAAGAAACUUCCCGAAUCUCUGCCCAAUCCUAAAAGCCUGCGGAGGUGCAAAAGGUGCCAGAAUGUCUAUUAUUGUGGCUCAGAGUGUCAACGGGCCAACUGGCCCAUCCACAAGAAGUUCUGUAAGAAGCUGAAGCUGGUGGCUCUCGACCGGCUGAUGGAGUGGCUUGUGUUCACAGGUGACAUCCCAUUCCCCACAACACCCUGGAAGAAAAACAUCCAUGAGGUAAGAGGCUGGGAAGGCUGGUUCCUCAUGCAAGACGAUCUGGAUGCAAAGUUAAGCUCCAUACUGACCGGGCGCUACAUGAAUAUCCUCUGGGCCAAUGCCGGGAAGCCAAAGCCAGAAGAGGUGGAACUGACGGAGUCCAUCAAGCGGGUGACCACAGACUUUGAGUCUAGGCCAGCCACCAUUGGCCUAGGGCUGCACAUGUUUCAGAUUGAUCCCUAUGCGAAGCCGAUCGUUGUGCAUGUGGUUGGGGCUUCCCACGUAGAGACCCUCAAUGCUCGGGUAACAGAUUACGACGAGCUGUCCCACAUGUUUCCUAAACACCAGGGCAUCGAGGUGGUGAUGGUAGGCAUCGAUGUGGUAGACAACCCCAUCAUGAGACCUCCGUUGGUGGCUUUUGGGCCGCGGGAGAGAGUCUACCUCAGCAGCUACAAGGGCCUUUAUCAUGAUUUCUGGGAAUCGCAAGUGGAGACGCAGCUGGCUUCUAGGCCUGAGCUUGUUGUAGGCUUCCAUCCAGGUUUCCAUGCCUGCUCCGAUCUGAUGGAAAGUUGGCUCCCAACUCUGCUGCUGCUCAGAGACUAUAAGAUCCCUUCGCUUUUUACUGUUUACAGUGAGCAAGAGCUGAAAUAUUCCUUGAAGAUAUCGAUGGAGCUGGAGAUGCGAAUCACAGGAUGUGGAGCCAAUCCCUUUGCCUCCCUCAAACCAGAGCAGGCCUAUUCAAAUCCCAACAAGUCACCGGUCUACUGCAACUCCCACUAUUUCACAUUCUGUGGAUUAUCUGACUCUCCAGACGAGCCAGAUGUGGGAGAGCUCGAAGGGGACAAGAGUGAGGAUGCUUAGAAAUGAGGAUGCAUGUUAUUUUACCACGCACGUUCAACAAAUUCAGAGGCACGGGGCCAGGGUUUGAGUUUUGCCCCUUUGCUCUGCCCUAUCAAGCUGAUGAGCUGGUGUCCCCAGUAUUUCCCUCAGUAUGAUAGGGCAGAGCAAAUGGCAAAUUCUCAGAAGCCGAGCAGAACAAAAUACCCGUAUCCUCGAUUCUUGGCUCACCUGGUAUUGUGACUCCCUCUGAAGACUCCUCUAAUCAGCCUCUUAUUUCCCUCGCUUGUACUCAGUAUAGUUGACCUAAUUCUCAUUCACUGUUGAUUGAAUUACACUUGCACAUGUCUUUUAUGCAAAUAAACAUUUGGUUUAAUUAGG